AUGAUCCGAUUCAUUCUGUUGCAGAACCGCCAGGGCAAAACCCGUUUAGCCAAAUACUAUGUUCCUCUCGAAGAUUCCGAGAAACAUAAGGUCGAAUACGAGGUUCAUCGUCUUGUUGUAAAUAGAGAUCCCAAAUACACUAAUUUCGUUGAGUUUCGUACGCACAAGGUUAUAUACAGGAGAUAUGCUGGAUUGUUUUUCUCACUCUGUGUUGAUAUUACUGAUAAUGAAUUGGCCUAUUUAGAGUGUAUCCAUUUGUUUGUUGAAAUUUUGGAUCACUUCUUCAGCAAUGUCUGUGAACUUGAUUUGGUUUUUAACUUCCACAAGGUAUACCUUAUACUUGAUGAAUUCAUUCUAGCGGGUGAAUUGCAAGAAACAAGCAAGAAGGCUAUCAUUGAAAGAAUGGGGGAACUUGAAAAACUAGAGUGA